AUGGAGAGGCCGAUUUCGAUCGCAGCCAAGGCGACGCACACGGCUACCGUCAUUUUCCUACACGGCCUUGGUGAUAGUGGCCGCGGUUGGAUUCCGGCCGUAGCAGAUUGGGUGAGAGGCAAGAAACUCGAUCAUGUGAAGUGGGUUCUGCCUCAUGCCCCACACGUUCCCAUCACGGCUUUUCAAGGGAUGCCCGUGCCCGGAUGGUUCGACAUUCAUGCCUUGAACGGUGGUAUCGAAGGCUUUAGAGCCAGACAAGAUGAACCCGGCUUACUACGGACCCGAGACUAUGUCAACAGCCUCAUAAAAGCCGAAGUUGACGCUGGAAUACCCGCCAACCGCAUCAUUUUGGGUGGUUUCUCACAGGGCGGUGCUAUAGCCCUACUUGCAGGCCUGACGGCCAAGGUUAAGCUUGGAGGUGUCCUUGGUCUUUCAACCUGGCUUCCCAUUGAUUCCAAGUUCUCUUCCCUGGUUCAGGAGAGCGACCUUAACCAUGAAACCCUAGUAUAUAUGGCUCAUGGUAUGGAGGAUAGGGUUGUCCCUACAGUGCUUGGGCAAAUGUCGUAUGAAUUACUCAAGAAACAAAACUUCACCGUUACCAUGUCACUAUUUCCAUUCAUGGAACAUUCGACUUGUCCAGAUGAAUUUGUCGAAGUUGAGAAUUUCCUUCAGUCAUGUUUGCCGGUGCAGGAAGAGAAGAAGUCAGAACUAUGA